AUGCAAAUAUGUAUAAUAAACAUAAAUAUAUUUCUAAGAAUCUAUUUCAUUUUCUCCCUUCCUCUGUCGAAUUUAUUAAUGAAUUUCAGGGUUAUAAUUAUGAUUCUGUUUUGUAGCUUUCAUAAAUAAUAAUAUCCAUGUAAGAAGCUAGUAAUCUAAUUAAAAUUAAUCUUAAUUUAAAUUCAAGAAUUUGCAUUUUAAGCGCUGAAGAUUAAGAAAAUAUUAUUUCUUUUAUUUGUAAAAACAAAUUAGCUGAAUCUGUUAAAGUAAAUUUUAGUCUUUAAAUCUAAAAUAAAAAGAUUUAUACAAUUUUAGCUGAUAAUAUUGGUUAAUUAACUAAUUUGA